GGGGACCAGGUAGGGCUACGGGUGGUGCCAUUAGGACCCCAAUUGUCCUAGCCACACCCGGAACUCGUACAGAGACGGAAUCAAGUGUAGAUGGAUUGGAACUCCAGACAACUACAUAACUGAUCGAAGCCAGACGAAUACGACUUACCCAGAAACGAGUAGACGAUGGCAUCGCGACCAUUAAAGAUCAAGACUGGAGUCGUUGAACGAUUGAUCAAGGAAGAAGAUUCGUACAAGAAGGAGUACGAUAACCAACUCAAACGGAUUGAAAAAGUCAAGCAAGAAACCCCGGAUGACGACUGGAACAUUCGCAAACAAAAAGAGGUUCUGGAUGAAACGAUCAAAAUGAUCCCCGAUGUGAAGCAAAGGCUAUCAAAGGCGAUUGAAGAACUAGCCGAUUUAGUGAGCGCACAUGAGACCGACUUGGCAGGUACAGAAGAACUAUCGAAAGCUCAACAGGUCUUAACACUUGCUGCCUCUCGAAGGGCCGAAUCCGAUGCAGCCGCCACCUAAUCACGACCUGAUCAUAAAUGUACUAUUCCCACAUCUUUAGCUCAUUCUGUAAUUACCCCAAUCUCAUAUCAAUCAAUGAUCACACUCGAUCUGUUUUACCGUCGUUCGAUCGUCAUGUAUUCCCCGGAAAUUGC